CCAGAUGAACUACUAAGCCAGCCUCAGCCUGUCAACGGGAACAUUGGCAUUUCCACCGUAACCAGCAUUCAGAAUAAUAAUGCCAAGCGGCCCACAGCACCCAGCCCACAGCAGCAGCAACAACCGGUGUCUCGAUACCAUCCCCGUGAAGUACCACCCCGAUUCCGACACCAAGACCAGAAGUCUCUUGUGAAGCGUGGGCAGCAGAUUCCUGGCAUCGCAGCCAAUCUGGGUUUAGCCACUAAAGUAUUAAACCAAGAGUCCGAAAGCAGCACUGUCGUGUGUCAGGAGCGCACUGUGACCGAAACUCCGCCAGGCAUGCCUCCCAUUCGGGAUUUGGUCAGCCACUCCCCUAAUCAGCUAGAUCUCAAUCAUGGCAGUCUAGGAUCUCACUAUGAAAGUUCACACUGGGGGAUCAGUCUCCUCCAACGGUGAAUCAGGC